AUGGAUCACAUUGGACCCAUUGCGCAGGAGGGUUCCCCUUGCGACAUUUCUAUGUCAGAAACUUUAGUGGGUUAUUGCUCGCCGGAGGAACAGGGCUAUUACGUGCCCGGUGGGAUGGCCCAAAACCCAGUGGGAUGCUACUAUGAUGAGGGGUUCGUCCCAGCCGGGGCGGAUUACAUGAGCACUACGUACUAUCAGAACGGACCUGAAGACCUCUCUAAAACGGUAGCACCCCCUAUGUAUGUCUAUUCCGAGCCGCCCAUUGCACCGAUGGCGGGAUAUAGUAGCCCGUACAUGUAUGGGCCGAUGGAUCUAACCUUUUUCCCAAGUGGAGACCCGGUAUUCUAUGGCAUGCCAUGUUCAACGAUGGCUCACAUGGUCGGCGCGGCUAAGGCCGAAAUCGACGACGACGCUCGUACCUUCGCUGAAUGCAGCACGGCGGCCACAACACCGCACCUUAGGUCCUCCGUGAACCCAGAGAUGGUCGACGACGGCUUUGACUUGGCGUAUUCUCCUGAAUACGAGAGUCUGCCGAUGCCAGCUGUGGAUUCGAGAUUCAGCACCGGUGUUGCGCCUGAUGGAAACUAUUACAAGAGCGUUGUGAACUUCGAGGAUGCAUUCUCGCCGUGCAGAUACACGGAUGCGAUGGCCAACGAUGCGGUAGUCGUCGAAAUUGCCAACGAAAUAGCGGCAAACGUGCAAUAUCUUCCUGAUAAGGAGUCCAGCGGGAAGUACUCGUUAGACAAAAACCACCCAAUACACUGUGUGUGGCGCGAUCUCAACCGUGGUCAUUGCAGCUGGAGGUGCAGAUGGUGGGAGAACGGAAAGCGCCUCAGCAAGAACUUCAACGUAAAGCGAUUCGGAGAAUGGGAGGCCAUGUGGAUGGCCAUAGCCAUGAAAAUAAGGAACUCGACGCCUGUGGAGCGAUUCCAACUCCUAAAAGAACAACGAGAGGCUGUGCGAAACUAUUGUGAGCUGGCAAGCCAGCACGCAGGCAGCACGGUCACGGAGGAUAACUACAUGGACGCUGCGGUCGCCGCAGUGCCACCCAUGGGUUUAUCGCCGCGUAAGAAGAGGCAACCAGCCAACAGCGCAAAAUGUGCACAAAAGGCGAACUGGGCGCGCAUUGCCUGGACUUACGUCAUGGUAUCAGACCGGCGUCCAAGCGAGGUCAGCGUCGUUUGCAGACUUUGUGCGAAGACCACUAAAUGCUCGCGAAGCAGGAACCUGCAGCAAGCGCACAUCAUGCACCUUAUUCGUAUGCACAAGAACCCGUGGAAGAAAUACCUCGACGUGGAGGGACUCACUAAGAUGUGCAGCUCUGCCCUGGAUGCAUUGUACAAACAACAAGGGUUCACGGAGGACAGCGAAUGGAAGCUCAGACCCGGUAUAGUUCCCCCGGAGCCUGACUUCGAGGAUAUGUCCAUGCAUUACAACGGCUUUGAUGACGAGUGA